AUGAUGCUGGUGUUUUUUACAUCUGUGUACUCAUUUCAGAGUGGAUACGGGGCUUGCAGCAAGCCUGGCAGAUAUUCGCAAGGUGCCGACUAUGACGGGGUGAUGGUGCUCAAUGUGCUUCACAGAAACCAGCCCCUGACAGUGUUUGACACCAACUACCCCGAGAGGAUAAGCCUACCUGCCCUGCUCUCUGAGUUCACUAAGGAGAUGAUGGAGAACCAGGUCUUCGACCUGAAGUAUGAGAGCUUUUCGAAGAAGAUAUGGCUGGAGUUGAAGAAGGAGCGCUGCAUAGAAAUAGCCGAUGUCCACUCUUCUCUGAAGGGUGUGCGUGUCAAGAUCUCUCCAUCCUCGAUCUACCUGAAGAGGCUUCCAAGCAGCAUAAAAUUCCAGCUUAUAUCAGGAGGUAAGUGUCUUACGUCUGGAAACGAGGUCAGAUAUGGAGAAACAAGCGGAUGGACACUUUCAUUUGCCGAAUGCGAGCCUGGAAAAGAUGCCCAGACCUUUGUGAUGAUUCCCUCGCUCAAAGGUCUGUUAAAGCUAGACGAAAAGGCAAGAACCAGGAAAAUGGUUCACAGGAUGUACGACACAUUCAGAAGAAUAGAGAAAAUCAUAGGCGUGGUUGACAUAAACCGGCUGGGUAGUAGGACUUUUUAUUAA